UUCUCCAAUGUUUCCCACGUGUUACAAAUAAUAUAAUUAAAUAAAUCAGCGAAGUUUUUCAUUCAUUACAAGUGAAUUUACUGGUUUUAUCAUUUUGCAUUAAAGUCGUUAAAGUAAUCAUUGUAAUUCAGAAGUUUAUAGCUGAUUAAGUUUAAACACCGCAAUCACGAGAAUGGGUGAGCCACAAAGCCGUAAACGUAAAUUCAAGGGAAAUUCCAAACCUGAUAAUAAAGCCAAAGAUGUGGGGAAGUCUGCUGAAGACAUAAAUAAAAAACCAGAAGUUACUAAAGUUUUUAAGAAAGCUAAGAAAAAUAAGGUAAUAGAAACACCCGCUGUAGUAAAUGAAAAUGAUACCAAUGAAAUUGAAACUGAGAAUGUAGAGAAAAUGGAGGUUGUAGAAACAUCUAAUGCAGUAGAUAAACCAAGCAAACAAAAAAAUAAGAAAGGUAAAAAGAAUAAAGCUAAGGAUUCUGGUGACACUGACAAUGAAGUGGUAGCUAAAAAAGCGAAAAUGAGUGUGGUUACGGAGUCUUCGGAGACCGUCAAGGGUGGGUUAACUGAAGAGAUGUUAGAAAAGUAUCCGGUGCUUAAAGAUGAGGAGCUGGUUAAGAGGUUCUUGGCUGUCAGUAUGACAAAUAAUCAGAAAGGUCGUAUCCGAGUAACCCUCAGGGACAGUCUCAAAGGCACCUCCGACGCCAUGCUACCUGAAGUGAUCAACACCAAAAUGCAAGCCAUCCUCAACCUACCCGACCCAUCAGACUCCGACAUGCGAAAACUCCGAAUACUCUACAACAUGCUGAAAACCGCUGUUAAAGGAAAGAAAUUCGUUAAAAAAGAACCAGUUAAGGUUAAAGAAGUUAAAAAGAAGGAGAAUAAAGAAGUUAAGGAAGAGAGUGCAGAAGAUAGUAAGAAAGAGAAGAAACCGGAACAGAAAGUAAAGGGGCCUAAAAGAUAUGUUGUGUUUAUAGGGAACCUGCCUCUGGACAUUAGUAAAGAGAAGAUUCAAGAACACUUCUCCGACCUGUCGAGCCAGAUUGUCGGCGUGCGGAUCCCCAAACCUUUAGAGAGCAAGAAGAGCGCCAUCGCGUAUCUCGAGCUCAAGGACGAAACGAGCUAUGAACUCGCCUUAUCGAAGCAUCACUCCAUGCUAGAAAACAGGAGAAUUAACGUGUUGUACUCCACACAGAAGAAUUCCAAGAUUAGCAAGACUGAGGCCAAGGGCAAAGCCGCAAAGCUAGUGGCGAUGCAGAAAUCCGGUCAGCUCGCCGGCAGCGUGCCGCAGAACAAGAAGAGGAGCGCGCGCCGCAAGAAAAUGAAACUGGCGCUCAAGGCUCAGGAGGGGAGAGCCUGAUUCCUGAGCGUAGCGAGCGGUUCUGUUUUAACUAGGGAUGUACAGACUAGUGAUUUGGCCGACUAGGCCGACUACCGACUAGUCGGCGCUUGGGUGGCCGAUUAGUCGGUCGGCUAGUCGGCCAGAGCAUAAUUUUAUACUAAAUUCAUCAGAAAUUUAGAAUUUCAUUUUUGGUCCUUCGUUCGCGCUUUAAAUUUUUUUUACAAGUUCAA